AUGCAACCUAAGAUGACUGAAGACGAAAAGAUGCACAUGGCUAAUGAGAAGUUUCAACGAAUGGCCGCGAAGAGGAUUAAGCUAGAUAAGUUGGCAAAGGUGCAGAAGGAGGUUCAGGAACUCGAGAGCCUCAAGAAGCAACAAGAAGAGAAAGGAGGAGAUGGGCACAAGAAGAGGCCGAAAGGCUCAGGAAGCAAAGGGAAGCCCAGGAAGCGGCUGCGCGAUGGGAGCGAGAAAUGGCAGCGGAGAGAUUGGCUCGAGAAAAGGCAGCUGAAGAAGCCAGAAAGCAGCGGGAACGGAAAGCAGAGGAACGUCGAAAAGCCCAGGAGGAUGAGUUUGCAGCUUUCUUAA